GAGUGAGGAAGUAUUGUGUAUGGUCAUUAAAAUUGCUUUGUCAAGGUGAACGAGGUGAAUCAAAUAGAUAAAAAAAUCAUAUCGUAUGCUGCAGUAGCAAAGCAUGGUUUACGUAAGUCCCGAUGGUACAGUCCAUCAAAGCAGGCCAUGGAACUUCGGCCGCUUGGUGGACGCCUUUUGGGGCACUUUAGAUUUCAUUUCCAUGUUCUUCAAAUCGCUAUUUGGAUUAGAUAGAGGAAGGAUUUCAAAUGGCAGAGGAGGAGGAGGAGGAUCUGGUGGUUCUGGUGGACCAGGAAAUGGGCCACCAAGGGGACCAAAGAAGUUUGGGCAGAUAAAGACCAUACAGGAUUGUUCCAUGCCAGGGGGCGGAUGAGCACGUUAAACUCCUCAGUAAUGAUUAACCUUCAUCACAUGAGGAGCUGUGCCACUUCCAUCACUCACUGCAAUACUUAAUUUUCUUUCUAUGCAUAUAGUGAACUUCUAAAUUUAACUAUUAUUUAUGUAUGAUAUUGGAUCUUUAAACCUUAGCUGGAGGGAUUUGAUUGAAGAAAUUUUGGUUACUUUUUUGAAGGAUGGAAGUUUUUUUUUUCUUAUACAAUUUGGUAUUGGAAUAUUCUUUUGAAAUAAAUAGAUGUGCAUUCAAA